AUGCCCCGACAAGCGUCUCGGGCCGCUCCCGUGCAGGCGGCUGCGGCGCCAAAACGACGCGCUUCAGCCAGGCUAUCGGCCGUCUCGGAGGCGGAGGUCAAGCGAGUCAAAUCCAACACCGACUUGUCCGGCAACGCGAAAACCACGGCCAAAAAGAGCAAGUAUUUCGAGCCUGGGAGCUCUGCUGAGCCCGGAGGAACUUCUGGGUCGGCGUACGAGGAAGACAAUGGCUCGUCCUCGGGGCACGACUCCGAGCCCGAAGAGAUUUCUGGCAGCGAGGAUGACCCCAAGAAGAAGUCUGGUGCAAAGGGAAAGCAGGGGACCAGCACCGGGCGCGAGAGUGACUCCUUGAAAGGAAAAGAACUCUGGCGCGAGGGCGUUCGCACGGGCUUGGGACCUGGGAAGGAAGUGUUUAUUCCGAAGCCCAAGCAACGCGAGGCAGGGAACGUCCCCUAUCAGGAUGAGACGCUGCAUCCCAAUACCAGACUGUUCUUGAUGGACCUGGCGAACAACAACGAGCGAGAAUGGCUCAAAGCGCACGAUGCGGAUUACCGCACGGCCAAGAAAGAUUUCGAAACUUUUGUCGAAACGCUCACGCCAAAGAUCGCUGACAUAGACAGCACGAUUCCCGAGCUGCCGACCAAGGAUCUGAUAUUUCGCAUCCACAGGGAUGUUCGGUUCAGCAAGAACCCUCUGCCAUACAAGAUUCAUUUCUCAGCUGCGUGGUCUCGGACCGGCAAGAAGGGUCCUUACGCUGCGUACUAUGUCCAUUUCCAACCGGGCUCAUCGUUUGUCGGCUGCGGCCUCUGGCAUCCGGAGGCUGAUCCCCUCGCGCUGCUUCGAGAGGACAUCGAUGAGAAUGCGCAUCGCUGGAAGGAAGUGCUCCGGGCGCCGGACAUGCGCCGCGAGUUUCUGAACGGUGUAUCAGACGAUGAUGACGCGGUCGUGAAAGCCUUCACUCAUCACAACAGGGAAUCUGCGCUCAAGAUCAAACCCAAGGGAUACGAAGUCGACAAUGAGAACAUCCAGUUGCUGCGACUGCGCAGUUUCACCAUUGGCCGGCCGAUAGCAGACGAUGACCUCACGGGCGCUGAUGCACAGGACCGGAUCGCGCAUAUGGUUGGGGUCAUGGAGCCGUUCGUGACGUAUCUCAACAGUGUGGUUAUGCCCGAUCAAUGA